AUGAACAAGGACAGAGCUCCCUUAUUCUCUAGGAUGUAUGACUAUAAGCCCCUGCAGAAUACCCCAGGAAGAACUUUCAAGGUUGUGAUAGGACUCAUCGCCCUAGUGAUUAUGCGGUCCUUCUGGGAAUGCAUUGGGGAUGAAAAGGAUGCCCAAGGCUUGACCUCAGAACUAAGUAAAGAAGUGGAGCCUUUAAGAAAUUUCCGCUUGGUUACAGGAGAAAGAAAAACGCCGAGGGAGAUGCAGCAACUUGAUAAACUGGGCAUGUCAACUAUGCUCGAGUCAGAAUUGACUCUGGACGGAGAGAGACCAUCCAGACAGGGGCUCCCAGAGGUGCCUCAGGGCUUGUUUGACUGUAAAAUGAAAGCCAAAGAGAAGCACCAAUGUGACCUGUGGUUAGAAACCAGACGACCGGCUAAGGGUACAGCGAAACAGGACUCCAGUGCAUCUUCUUGGGCAUGCUUUAAUACAACUUGCAAUGCUCAUCGAGAAACUGAUCCGGUAGAGAACGUAUUUGCACAGAACCUAAAGAUCAAGUUUUACAUCAGUUCCAGGUCUACCUCUCCUUCCUCGCACAGUGGAGACGAAUCUGACCUAGUCCAGAAUAAGAGCCACCGGUUUUUCCUCACGUCCUUCACUGUCCCGACCAAGUGUCACCAGUGCACGUCCCUGAUGGUGGGCCUGCUGCGGCAGGGCUGUGUCUGUGACGCAUGUGGGUUCUUGUGCCACACAACUUGUGUAGAAAAAGUCCCACAAGUUUGUCCAGUGCCUUCUCAGCAGAAGAAGGAUUCCUUCUGCCUUGACCCACGGGAAGGCACGGGCACAGCCUGUGAAGGCCAGGUCUGGGUCCCAAAGAAAACAGGAGUAAAAAAUGGAUGGCAGAGAACAUUGGCUAUAGUUUGCGACUUCAAACUCUUUCUAUAUGAUAUAAACGAAGAAGACUUGAAACCCAGUGUUGUAGUGAGUCAAGUGAUUGAUAUGAGGGAUGCGGCAUUUUCCGUCUGUUCCCUGUGGCCCUCUGAUUGUGUUCCCAUCAGGAGGCAGGAGAUGACCCGUAUGUUUCAAGUCACAACUUCUCAGCUCUCAGCACCUAGUAAUAAAUAUUCAAUCCCAAUAUUAGCAGAUAGCGAGAAUGAGAAGAGUGAGUGGGUGGAAGCGCUGAGUGGAUUGCACACGAUGCUGAAAAAAAAUCAUUCCAGAGACCGCUCAGUCUAUGUUCUGAAAGAGGCUUAUGGCAACAGUCUAUCUCUGAUCAAAACCACCCAGGCAGCUGCAAUCAUAGAUCACAAAAGAAUCGCUCUGGGAAAUGAAGAAGGGUUAUUUGUUGUGCACAUUACCAUAGAUGAAGUUAUUCAAAUUGGUGACAUGAAAAGGAUUCAUCAGAUCGAGCUCAUCCCACACGGCCAGAUUGUUGCAGUGAUCUCUGGACGAAAUCACCACGUGUAUCUGCUUCCCAUGUUAGCUUUGGAUGGUCAAAAGACGAAGAUUCACAAGCUGCCAGAAACCAGAGGGUGUCUGGCCAUGGCUUCUGGAACAAUGUGCCUUGGUGCCCAUGUGUGCCUCUGUGUAGCUAGGAAAAGUCGCAUCCUCUGUUUUGAGCUAUUUCAGAGCAAAAGCAUUUCUCACAAAAAAUUUAAAGAGGUCCAAGUCCCAACCACCAUUCAAUGGAUGGCCAUCUUCAGUGAACAGCUUUGCGUGGGAUUCCAGUCGGGAUUCCUGAGAUAUCCCUUGAAGAGAGAAGGAAUCCCAUAUAGGAUGCUCCAUUCACAUGACCCCACACUGUCUUUCAUUGAACAUCAACCGAUGGAUGCUCUCUGUGCAGUCGAGAUCUCCAGUAUUGAGUAUCUGCUAUGUUUCAAGAGCAUUGGGAUAUAUAUUGACAGCAGAGGCCUCCGAUCCAGGCCGGUUGAACUGAUGUGGCCAGCGACUCCAACCUAUUGCUGCUACAACGCCCCGUAUCUCUCAGUGUACAGUGAAAACGCAGUCGACAUCUUUGACGUGAACUCCACGAAAUGGAUCCAGACUAUCCCUCUCAGGAAGGUUCGGCCCUUGAAUAGCAAAGGAUCCCUAAAUUUACACCUGGAGACAAUUAGGUUAAUAUAUUUCAAAAAUAAGAUGACAACUGGAGACGAGCUAGUAUUUCCUGAAGCAUCGGAUAAUCACCAGAAGCAAAUGGUCCCAAAAGUCAACAGCAGGCGACGUCACUCCUUCCGGGUUCUCAGAGAGAAAGGAGCCCUACCCAAGAGACUGUGA